GUUGCUGCGUCCGAAGCUGCAGCAUUCAUGAUGAACUUACUUCUGAUUGUGGGUGACCACUGGGUACAUAUUCUUGUCCCUAUUGGAUUUGUCUUUGAAUGUUCUCUAGACAGAAAGAAUGGUGAAAAGCUAACUGCCUUCUGGAACAAGAAUCUGUCACAUAAAAGAGAACUGAGACCCAAUGAAGAAGUCACCUGGAAGUAA